UUGUUUAGUUCGCGUUCAGCCGUGAAGCAGUUCGUAUGUGGGAGUUUUUUCACGGCGGUUUUGACUCAAAUAGCAGUUCUUCGGCUAACUCGGCGAAAUAUAGUGGCCUGUGUGUGGUAUGUGUGUGUAUUUGCUUUCGUGUGGGACGAUUGUGCCAAAACGGGGUGGCAAAUUCCAGGAUCGCUUAUAUGAUUCAAGCCACGUCUCGACAGCAGGAAGCUACGAACUUCCGGUUUCAUGUGCCAACGCCGUGGUUUUCCUUCCAGUGUGAGGUUCGGCGCAAACGAUUUCGCGAGGGGAUGGUUGAUAAUAAUCGUGUCUGGUGAUUACCCCGUGUUUUUGGGUAAAGAUAACUAAAAGCGAACUUUUAUUUUAAGUUGAUAAUUUCUACUCUUUGGUUGUUUGCGAAUUGGACAACGAAAACUCAAAUCUGCGUUUCUUUUGUAUAUAUUGCAAAUCUUAUUCACAAAUACCACAAAAAAUAAAUAACACAAAAAGGAAUAAAAUUAGUGCCAAAUAAGCAUGCAGUGAAAGCGCAAUGAAUGACACCUGAGUCUGUUUCGUAUCAAAAAUCAACGAAGCUGGCAGGUGAAAAACGGAAGAAAAAGUCAGUGAAUGAUAAAUUAUCGAGCUUAAGUAAAAUCCGUGCCAAAUUGUGUUCGUGUAUGUUUUUAUCGUUAUUGUUGUGUACUAUAGUGAGAUAAUCCGGUCAGGUGAAAUCUAUUUCGGCUUGACCGAAAGCAGAAACGAAAUGAAAACAAACAUCGGUUGUUAGACUUUAACCAUCUGCAUCGGUUGAAGUGAGAAAGGAAGACGUUUUUUGCGGAAGUUAGCUCUGCAACCUCGCUCUGAUCCCUCUGGAGGUUACAAACAUCGGAGCGAUUAAAAAAAAUCACCCGGAAAUUGAGUUCGCGAAUUUGCAUUCACAUCGCAACGCUGUAGGAGAAAAAUUUCACGCUUCGUCAGACCUUCUGCGGCGUCGUCGGACCUAGCAGAGCUGCCGGCCAAUCGGCAUUUGAUAUGGGGACACAUUAAAUCCCGAACGCUGUGGACUGCCGUGAAUAAUUAAUACAAGACUCAUUCAUUAUUGACGAUGCGUGGAUCGACCAUCGGAAAAUAUUUAUUCCGAUACAAUGCUUGCGCUUAAUUAAAAUCCAAACAGGGCACCAACCAAGUGCAGAGAUAGAGGGUAAGUGAGUGUUCAGUUUACGGUCGAAAGCGGCAAAAACGAACUAUAAAAAUUCUGCAGUUGAUACUUUGACCCUUCGGGGUUGAACAAUUUGGUGCUUUGUGAUGUGAUUGAUCGAUUCAGGGCGCCCAGUAGAAAGCGCCCCAGCCGCAUAGCCGACAGUCGGGGAUUGUUCUUCCAACGGACAAGGAGAACAGUUUGAAAUACAUAACAAUUUGUUGUCGAAGUGGGACAAAAUGUGCCAAAAUUUAUCGUGUUUUUAAUUGAAUAUUUGAGUGAAUGUGGAAAUAACCGGAAAGCAGAAAAAAGUGCCAGCUUUUCUGAUAAGUUUCAUUUCCGUGGGACCGACAUCCAGCGAUCGAAAAGAAAUGGUGGAUAUAAGCUCAAUUAUCGAAGGAACCGUAAAGUUUCGGGAUGGCAAAAAGUGGAAAUCACGAUGGUGCGUUAUGCGGAAACUAUCUCCAGUAGCAGACUGCCUGCAUCUUCAGCUUUACCGAGACUCCAAGGAUCGCUACAAAAACGGUCAAACAAAAGCAUCACUCUCGCUCCAGCAUUUUCUGGGUGUCGAGUCCGGUUUCACAUUGGACAAGGAAUCCAACACGAUAGCAAUAAUUUGUCAGGAUGUGAUCGUAGUGCUUGCAUUCGACACCAGAGAAAGACUGAUACAAUGGCAGGUUAAAAUUUCUAACAAUUUGGGAGAUGACUUGCAAUACUUGGUGCUGGUCUCGUCGGCUCCGCCAAAGGCUAAGUUGUCGACGGGACCAGCACGAAUGCACAUCCAGGAUCAUCGGUUCUGUUUGACGACGGGUGUUCCUCCGAGAUUAAAUGGAUUAUGGAACAUUCAACAUCUUAGACGCUACGGAGUCGUAGACAAUCGUUUCUGCUUUGAAGGAGGUUCUGGUUGUGGAAAAGGCGAAGGUUUAUAUGUUUUCGUCACCGAUCUUGGGGAGGAGAUCACGCAUACACUGAAGAUGGCAUCACAGGGAAAACUUGCCAGUAAAAAACGAGCAGCAGCAAGGAAGAUAGCAGCAUCUCAGGAUAGUCUUCGCAAAGGCGCUGAGUCGCGUUGCACCAACUACAACGAUGAAAUUUGCUCGGUGCACAAUGAAAACUCAGCGUGUGUUUGUGGAAUUGGUUACUGGCCCUCUACAGAGUCCAGAGACCUGGAUAGUAACUAUGGUUGUGGUGAUACGGCAUCCGUGUCCGAAGGUCACGACAGUGUUAAUGAUAUGGCCUCAUUUCCUCGUACCGCGGCUAACCUGGAACGCUGCAUGAGUUGCAUUUCCAAACUGGGCGCUCCCUCGAUGUCUCGUAGCUCGACUGUGACAGGAACACCGGGUGCUGUUGCACCGAUGCCUGCCUGGCAUACUUUAACUGAACAUAACAAUCACAUCAAUCAAACACAUAUUUCUAAAAUACAAGCCUUAGAUAGGAUGUCUCUUUGCUCGCACGGUAGCAGCAGCAAUUCAGAAUAUUCCAUCCCUCGUCAAACGUAUGCUUCUAGUCAAUAUGGUUCAGAAUCGUGGUACGAAAAAGUACCCGCAACACAACUCCCCUGCGUACACAAUCGAUCAACGUCCCCUUGUCAGUGUUGUCCUCCUGGAAAACCACCGAAACCCAAAGAAAUUUCACUACACAUCACUGCCCCCAUCCAUUCGGCCAUCAUGUCUUGUACGUCCCCUCAGCCAAGCCAUGUUGGUCCCUAUGAAAACUACGAUAUCCCAAAGAUUCCAAUGGCCGUUGACGAUGGCGGCGGCUCGGUGGAAAAUUAUGAUACACCUAAGAAAAUACAAGAGUACCUGUUGAAGGAGGCAGCUAGCCCAGGAAAAAGUGAGAUCGGUAAUUACGGCAACUACGAUAGACCUCUUUCACUUAGCAGAGCAGUUUGUGGAUGUUUAAAGGAUGCUGAGAAUCCAAGUAAGUUAAAUGCAGAUAAAGAAUUGUUCGAUCCUCGUAUCGAUUGUACCUGUAAUCGAGUAAUGUCCUGGGCAGACAACUGGAUCUCACUGCCUCUGUGUAAGAAAGGGAAUGGGAUCGAAGAUACGGGUGUUCAGUUCAAUAAAAUUAAACUAAGUGGUGAAGGAAAAAUGCCUGUGGUAGACGCUAGUAAUGAUAACGCCAUUUAUGCGACUGUAGAUAUGACAAAGAAAAUCCGAAAACGGUUGGAAGGAGCUUGCGAGUGCGAUGAAACUUAUAGUGAAAGCGGUAGAAGGAAUCCGAUAUCCGGUUAUGGCAACUACGAAGAUGUCCAAGUAGAGUCCGAGUGCCAGCAGGCAAAUUACGCCAAUCUGAGAUUCGAAAAAUCUCUUGAAAAUUAUGAAAACUCCAAGGAAGUUCUACAGCGAGCAGGUCUCUCUAUGAAAGAGUUCGAAUGCGAACACAAAAUCUGUCACAAGUGUGGUCAUCCCACCGUAAAUUCUCCUGAACUUGAAUGCGUGAAAGUAGACAAACAAGAAAACUAUGUUAUGAUGGAACCCACAAACAUAAAAUCGAAGUUCCCUGGUUACAUACCGAUGUCACCGGCAGCCCCAAUAGUUACCAACGAUGAUGGACCUCGUCCUGCAUCUCCGACUGCACCUCCAUUGCCCUUCAAAUCUGAUCUACUUAAACAACGAAUGAGUCGAAUCAUCGGAGAGAAAGCUGCUAGCAAUCCAAGCCUCUGUGGUCCGGUGGUUGACCGAAGCAGAAAACGAAUGGACGACGAAUCGCGAAUACCGGGAAGUGCUAUGUUGAAAGCAACUACCAGUCCAUAUACUCGGAAUCAACUGCUAGAUCAUAGAGAUUUGCUACCAUGUGAUAAAAGACUUUCUCCACGGAAACGAUCUGCAUCUGCUGAAUCUUCCCGUUUCCUCGACGAUGGCGAAGAAGGAGGAAGUCUGCUCAGUAGAACUGCGUCGCCCAGUACAGAAACCCUCCAAAAACCUCCAAAGUCAACCUGCAACAUCGAAAACCGACGAUUAUCAUCUCCUUGCGUCCACCAAGAAUCAGAAUCGUGUUCUGCUAAAACGUGCUCUGCUAAGACGGCAGCAAUAGUGGAUACGGAAGACGACAUCUCGGUCUCUACCAAUCCUAGUCAAAACUCGCAAUCAGUAUACAUCCGACGAUCUGAGAGCGUUCCCUGUAAGGCUCAGAAUAGAGACAGUUCUAGCUCCAACGAUUCUGGCGUAUCUACCGGUUCACUGCGACAACGAGGAACUGAUUUCACGGAAUUCGAACUACCGCUCACCACGGCAAUGUCUGCCCUGAGACACCAACGACACGUGGUUCCACAGCAGGGUUGUGUGCAUUCAUCACUACCGCGAAGAUCCAAAUCAUUCGACCCGCUACGUGAGUUAACAUUCCAGUUCCAGAAAAUUCGUGUUCCGGAAAAGAGCACUUCGGCUGAAGCAGAGGUACCAAUUUGUCCACCGAAAACUAAGUCCUACGGAGGCCCAGAAAACCUGGCUACUUCUACAACACCCUACAUCGAUUCACGAAGCACCAGCAGUGGUACUUCUGAUAUGUCCGACUACAUAGAAACUCUUUCGUUAUCUAGCCACAGCUCGUCCGAUACGCCAGAAGGAAUGAGGCAUAUUCGACAAUCGACAUCAACACUGCGACCGCGCUCCGGUAAGGAGUACCAAAACAUCGAUCGGUCUAUCCUUUCGCUAACACAAGCCGGUAGUGAAUCGACCUUGAAACAUCCAGGUACUCCUUCGCAACUGCGAGGUUUAUUAUCAUGCUCGGCAAACUACGCCAACAUUACACCCGUCCCGGAGAACGCAGAGUCCCCCAGUCCAGGCUAUCAGAGCGGCACAUCUCCUCAGGAUGCACAGGGUCAACACUUCAUGUUUAAGAACUCGUCUUAAAUUACUGAACAUUACCUAUCGAUCAACAAAUGAAAGCAAUAAAGACUAACUUUUAUAUAUAAGUAUAAUCAAACAGAGAAUCAAAAUACCUAUCUGUACAUCAUACACCAUACGAAAAAAGAAUCAUUGUCGUCCAUUGUUUUGUAGUGAAAAAAUUGACUCAUUCGAACGGAAGAAGAUCGACUAUCCAAACGAGGACUGUGGUCGAGAGACUGGCUGCGAACCAGAUCCGACAGGAAACUGCGCUUGUUUUCCUUUUCAGUUCGGAUAAUUACUUCCUUUUACUUGCUGUGUGCGGACGUUGAUUGCUUUAACUUCCUAUUCAUUGAUUUUUAACCUUCAGGGCAAAUAUUUUUACCAACAACUGAAGCGUUUGUCUCCUACCAACAUACUCUUUCCGAACAUCUAUAUAGAGUGGGUGGUAAUCCUUGGGGAUGAUAAGCUUCCAGCCAAAAGCAAACACAGAUUCCUCACCUUAUAUCGCAUGACUGACACACUCUCCACUCUGUGGUCGGAGAGGAGAAGAAUUCAAACAAUAGAAAGUGAAGCAGAAAAAAUACGAGAUUUGUGUGCAGGUUUAACAUACAGAGAAAAAGUAGUAAGCUAACCGACCGGGAGGCAAACACACAACAUUUCCUUUCGGUUUGGAACUUGCCCGAGAUGUUGAUUAUGUGGUGUAGGCUUAGCGCGGAUGAUGAAAGGAAGGGCAUCAAAUUGAAAUCUGAAGACGAGGAUAAAUAAGGCUUCGUUGGGUUUGUGUGUGUUUAUUUUUUUGUAUUUGUAUUUUAUUGAUGUGGGCGUCAUUGAAAAUAUACGACAAAUAAUAUUGAUUUCUUAGCUCCGAUACUAUACAUAGGCUUCGUUUGUUAUAUUCUUAUUUUGUGUCCGUGAUCUGCUCAGGGAGAAGUUACUAGCGCACGAUAAAUAAAAACUGAUUCAUUUUGAGCAGUCUUCAAAAUGGUUAAACAUUUAUCAAAAGUGAGUUUCGUGAUACCUAAAAUUUCUUUAUCUAGUUCUCGAUUUUGCGAUUUUAAACCUGUUUGGGUUGUGCUCUCCAUUUAACAAAAUUGGGAAAUUUUCUACGUCUGCAAGGAUGGCAAUAACUUUUUACAAUCCUCAAACACAGGAAAUGAAACAACAACGACUUUUUAUUGUUUUUGUUAUAGGUCAAACAAUAGUAGGUCCGAAGAAGAAUAUUUUUAUUGAACAGUGCUUUGUUAAGAUAAACUCAUAGCGAAAGCAAACACAUUCGAUAACGUGUAGAAAUCCAAAGGAAUAACAACAGUGACAAAGUUCCGAGAGAAACUUUUAUUCAAGUGCUAGUCUUACGUGAAUAAACGCUCUGUUUUCUUUUGAAAAGAAUGCAGUAAAUAAUUGAUGUACAUAUAUUUAAAAUGAUAUAUAAUUUGUAUAAUAUAAAGGAUUGCCAAAACACCUAUUAUGAAAUUACGGAAUAUUUAUUGAUAUACCCAAAACAUUCUUGAUAUUGAUGCAUAUAACGAAUAUUAGUAUAUACUAGUACUAAUAUUGUGGAACUUCUUUUCGAAAUAUGUAUGUUUAAGACAUGUACUGAAAAACUGAUCUAUUUUGUCUGUACAUACACCAUCACUUUCUCAAACUUCAUAUCUCAUAUGAGAACCAUUUUCAUCUAACUCGAAUGCAUCUACAUUUUUGCCGUUUCUUUCAUAACAAAAGUCAAUAACCAACAAAGAAUGACGUAAGUUUAAUUCCAAUACAUAAACAGUUCAUUUUCAUUGCGCUACUCACAUUAAACAGAACAAAAAUUUACAAAAGAAAUAUUCAAAUAAUCGAAAGCCAUGCAAGUAAACAAAUAAAAUGGCAAAACAAACUCAAA